GAAAGCAGUCUGACUUUUCCUUCACAGCGACCCAGAACCGAACCGCUCGGGGGAGACGAUUCUAACCCAGCGGUACCCGGCCAGGCUGUGGGACAGCGGCGAGCCGAGGCGCCUGUCAUCCCGAAGGCCAGGACAGACAGGACCAUCCCUUAUAGUCCGGAGACGACAGCCCGUCUUUCAUAACAGGCCCCCCUGAGCGACACCCCCAGCGCCUGGAUGGUGUGACUGGGCUCGCCAGUCGCCCCCAGCCCGGAUAGUGAUCUCGCCGUCUCACCCCGGCUUGUCGCGCCUCUCCACCGCCCCACCGCGCCUCCUCGGCCCCCCGGCUGUGUCGCCAUGGGUAACCGGGGGAUGGAGGAGCUCAUCCCGCUGGUGAACCGGCUGCAGGACGCCUUCAGCACCAUCGGCCAGAGCUGCAACCUUGACCUGCCGCAGAUCGCGGUGGUGGGCGGCCAGAGCGCCGGGAAGAGCUCGGUGCUGGAGAACUUCGUGGGGAGAGAUUUCCUGCCGCGAGGCUCUGGGAUAGUCACCAGGAGGCCCCUGGUCCUGCAGCUCAUCAGCGCUAACACAGAGUAUGCAGAGUUCCUGCAAUGUAAGGGGAAGAAGUUCACAGAUUUUGAUGAGGUUCGCCAGGAGAUUGAGGCUGAAACAGACCGGCUGACUGGGGCCAACAAGGGUAUCUCGCCUGUGCCCAUCAACUUGCGGGUAUACUCCCCAUAUGUGCUAAACCUGACACUGAUUGAUCUUCCCGGGAUCACCAAGGUUCCAGUUGGGGAUCAACCCCCCGACAUUGAGUACCAAAUCCGGGACAUGAUCAUGCAGUUUAUUUGUCGGGAGAAUUGCCUCAUCUUGGCUGUCACGCCUGCCAACACCGACCUGGCAAACUCCGACGCACUCAAGCUGGCCAAAGACGUGGACCCCCAGGGUCAGCGCACAAUCGGGGUCAUCACCAAGCUGGACCUGAUGGAUGAGGGGACCGAUGCUCGGGACGUCCUGGAGAACAAGCUGCUGCCCCUGCGCAGAGGGUAUAUUGGUGUGGUGAAUCGCAGUCAGAAGGACAUUGAUGGAAAGAAGGACAUCAAGGCAGCGCUGGCAGCAGAGAGGAAGUUCUUCCUGUCCCACCCUUCCUAUAGACACAUGGCUGACAACAUGGGCACCCCAUACCUGCAGAAAGUGCUGAACCAGCAACUGACGAACCACAUCCGGGACACUCUCCCAGCAUUCCGCAGCAAGCUGCAGGCCCAGCUGCUGUCCCUGGACAAGGAGGCGGAGGAGUACCGCCACUUCCGGCCCGACGACCCCUCGCGCAAGACCAAGGCGCUGCUGCAGAUGGUGCAGCAGUUCUCUGUGGACUUUGAAAAGCGGAUUGAAGGCUCGGGUGACCAAGUGGACACUGUGGAACUUUCUGGUGGUGCCAAAAUCAACAGAAUCUUCCACGAACGCUUCCCUUUUGAGCUGGUCAAGAUGGAGUUUGAUGAGAAGGAGCUGAGGAGAGAGAUCAGCUAUGCCAUCAAGAACAUCCAUGGCAUCAGGACGGGGCUGUUCACACCUGACAUGGCAUUUGAGGCAAUAGUGAAGAAGCAGAUCGUGAAGCUAAAGGAGCCCUGUCUGAAGUGUGUGGACAUGGUGAUCCAGGAGCUUAUCAACACUGUGCGGCAGUGCACCAUCAAGUUGGGGACAUUCCCAAGGCUUCGCGAGGAGACGGAGAGAAUCGUGACCACACACAUCCGGGACCGAGAGAGCCGGGCCAAGGACCAGGUGUUGCUGCUAAUUGAGGUCCAGCUUUCGUACAUCAACACAAACCAUGAGGACUUCAUUGGGUUCGCCAAUGCACAGCAGAGGAGUAGCCAGAUGAGCAAGAAGAGUUCUGCCGGAAACCAGUUGCAGGGCGCAGGUCCUCCACCUUCCAGUCAAAUUGUCAUCCGCAAGGGCUGGCUGACCAUCAAUAACAUCAGUAUCAUCAAGGGAGGGGCCAAGGAGUACUGGUUCGUGCUGACAGCAGAGAGCCUGUCCUGGUUCAAGGACGACGAGGAAAAGGAGAAGAAGUAUAUGCUGCCGCUGGACAAUCUGAAAGUGCGCGAUGUGGAGAAGGGCUUCAUGUCAAGUAAACACAUCUUCGCCCUCUUCAACACAGAGCAGAGGAAUGUGUACAAGGACUACCGGUACCUGGAGCUGGCCUGCGACUCCCAGGAGGAGGUGGACAGCUGGAAGGCCUCCCUGCUGCGAGCAGGAGUGUACCCCGAGAAAUCCUUUGUGGACAGUGAAGACUCGGGCCCCUCCGAUAAUUUCUCCAUGGACCCCCAGCUGGAGCGGCAGGUGGAGACAAUCCGGAACCUGGUGGACUCCUACAUGGCCAUCGUCAACAAGUGCAUCCGCGACCUCAUGCCCAAGACCAUCAUGCACCUCAUGAUCAACAAUGUGAAGGAGUUCAUCAACGCCGAGCUGCUGGCCCAGCUGUACUCGACCGGGGACCAGAGCGCGCUCAUGGACGAGUCGCAGGAGCAGGCGCAGCGGCGGGAUGAGGUCCUGCGCACUCAUCACGCCCUGAAGGAGGCGCUGGCCAUCAUCGGCGACAUUUCCACCACCACCAUUACCACCCCCCUGCCCCCGCCGGUCGACAGCUCCUGGCUGCAAGCGGGGCAGGGGGGCUCCCGCAGGUCACCCCCUCCAAGCCCCACGGCCCCUCGGCGAAUGCAGCUGGGCUCCAGGGCCCCCGCUCCCCCUGUGCCCUCGCGCCCUGGCCCACUUCCCCCCUUCAACAACAGUGCCGACGCCCUGCCCCCCCAGGUGCCCAGUCGGCCCAACCGUGCCCCACCCAGCAUUCCCAGCCGGCGGCCUCCUCCCUCUCCUACCAGACCCACGAUUAUACGUCCUGGAGACCCUUCCCUCCUGGACUGAGAGGCUGCGAGCCUUCCCAGGGUCCCCCACCCCCCAAGCCCGACCAGGCUUGCCAUAAAGUCCUGCAUGCUCCCCACCCAGUGUGCUCAGUAUAGCUCCUCCGUGUCCCAGUAUAGUAGCCAUGUGCUGUGCCUGCUGUCAUGGUGUUUCAUUGUGUCUCAGUGCUGUCCUGCCUGCGGUCUGGUAGGCUGGGUAGGCAUACCUCCUAGUUCUAGUUCUUUCUUCCCAGACCAUAGCUGUUGGGUAAAUUGUACCAGCACACUGAUUUGCAGGGUCACAGUGAGUCUUAAUGGCACAGAGUAUCAGUAUCCUGGCGCUGCCCUCCCAAGACUGUGUGCCAGAGAGACACAGUGCCAAUGCAGUACGCACUCCCAGCCGCUGGCUCUGGCUGAAGAUGCACUCACGAGCUCGAGAAAGUAGCCUGAAGAAAAUAGAUCGCAAACGAUGGUCUCGGGCUCUUUCCAGGUUUUUGGUUUUGCAGAUUUGGUGAUUUAGUGCACACAUUUACUGUACUGGUUUGCGUCUGUGUUGCAUUGAGGUCUAGUUUGUCAUACGCACCUCUGUCCAUUAACGUACAGUGUGUGCACAUGUCCGUCAGCGUGCUUAUGUCUCUCACCUGCCUGGAUGGCAGGGCUAGAGUAAGCUCCCCUUUAUAGCUUUUGCUGAUAGUUUGCUGGGUCUUUGUCUGGCUAAAAGCUACACAUAAGAAUACAAGCGCAUAAGGCAUUUUGGACUUUGUGACUUUUUACAUGAAGCUAAAGGCUGAGGUGACACAGUAUGUUCAUAUACUGAUUCUGGUUAUUGUAUAUUUACCACCUUAUCUGUCUUUCUGCCUUUUCUGUUUGUUUAUGAGUUCCAGAGUAUAAUGAAUUCUAUAACCGAGUAUUGUGCUAAUUGAUUACUGUUAGUCUGAUUACUGUAUCAGUUUCUGGUGAUCUGUGUGUAUCCCUGUCUCUUGUCUCUGUAUGUGUGGCAGUCUGUCAUUCUUCAAGUGCCGUUUGCUUGUUUUUUGAUGCAGUACAAUAAAUGUACAUCCAUCGCUGUCUGCCUGAUAUCCUAACUGCCUGUCGGUGUGUGUCUGUCUUUGUUGGUUGACUGUCAGGUGUUCCACACACAGCCAGCCUGUCUCUCCAUCCGAGUGUGAGUUAACAUCACAGACAGCGCAGUGUCGAGUGUGCUGAGAAGCCUGUCAGCUGGAUCUUGUGAUGAGGACUAUGGCGUGGGGCACACAGUGUUUGGGGGAGAGCAGAGCAGUGAUAGAUACACUGUGCCAGUACUACAUGUACAAAAGUCCGUCCCGGAUUUGGGAUUGUACAUCACACUCCGCCUCCAACCUCCUGGACUGCUGCAGGACAUAGAUGAUCUUAGUAUUGCAUGCCUGGGAAAAAGAUUGUUGUAAAUGAAAUAUUAAUAAUAUUGACAUAUUGUACUCUCCAAAGCCAAGGACUUGAUGUUGUAAUUUUCUAUUAGCGAUAAAGGGAUGUAUGCGCGCGUGUGCCUGUGUGUCUGCAUUUGGUGUUGUUGUUGUUGUUGUUGUUUCUGUUGUUCAGGUCAGUUUGAGUCAUUAACACCACAACUUGACUGGAGGAAUUCAGUUCUCCGUUCUGUCUGAUAAAAGGGUCAGGGGGUGUCCUGGCGGGGACGGUAUGGAGGGAAUGUGUGAGUUAGAUCUGGUCCUGACAGCUGCUCUUGAGUUUGCUUUCGCCAAGCUGAAAAGCAGAUGUUUCCCACGUCAGAGCUGCCUCAGAAAGUUAACGGCUGUGGGGCCACUCACUAGUCCAGUCUGCCAGUUAAGAUUUGCAGUGCCAUAGUUACAACGCACUAUUGUGUGUACUGCUGGGUUCUGAUAAGUCAUCUCUAUGCCUGGUAUACAGUAUAUACAGUAGUACCCUCCGUAGGUAUUGGGACAGUGGUGUCAAAAUUGCCGUUUUUGCUGUUUGCUCAAACAAUUUGGAUUUGAGAUGAAAAGAUUAAUGAGGCAAAAGUACAGAAUGUCUCAUUUAAUUUUCUUUUUUUUUCUGUGCAUAUGUGCUUUAGCGUUUUAGAUGAAAUAAAAAUGAAGGGCAAGCUGUGGUGAGUUCACCCAAAACCAGUUUCACCCUUUAGAUCGUAUCGAUUAGUGUUGGUGACUGUUCCAGCCCUGCCUUGCUAAGCAGACAGAUGGAACACCAGGACAAUCUGCCAGAGCUACAGUACAAGGUGUCACUGGAACUCUAGACAGUAUAAAUGAUCUUUUAAUACCAUUAAUUUUUGAACAGGUUCCAAUCCCCAAUGCUCAAAUAAGACAUGACUGUUAUUGUGUGUUUUUUACAUUAAAAGUCUGCACUACAGUAUACACACAGCAGCUUUGAUACGUGUCUGUGUACCUGGCACUUAUACAUUGUACACCUGGUGCACAAGUACUUAUCAGAACCGCCCAGAUUAGUCUAUUCCAAAGAGACAAUCCUAGGCAAGUGUUGGUUGAUUAUCAGACACCUGUGUGGUUAAUAUAAGCCCUGGUUGUUAUUGCAGAUUCUCUGUUCCUUAGGUACUCGGGUUCCAGAGAGUAAAAGGACUUUGGGUCAGACAUGUAAUGGGGCUUCUCUGUGGCUCGAGAUUUCUGUGGGCUGCUGUGAACGAACAGUGAUAUGUUCAUUCGUACAGGACCGCCUUCACUGCCUGCUGUCUCCUAGCAGAGCAAGGUCCACAAGUCCAGGAAAGGAAAACAGACAGAGCUCGAACCCGUACUGCAUGGUGCAGGUGACAUUGUGGAGCUCUGGUGUGAGCUGAGAUGUAGUGGGGGGGCUUUGAGAGUACUCCUGUAUAUUAAAGCUCCAGAUUCCUCUCCCUGUGUUUAGGAUUUGUAAUCGUAUGACUGCUUCAAGCCUCUCUGUCUCCCUUGCAGUCAGUCUGUUUUGGAGUCGAAAUGUUUGCUUGUCUUUUUUCUCUGAACACCCAGUCCAGUUAGUCUGCCCUGCUGUGUCUCUGUCUGCCUGCUGGGAAUAGUGCCUGUGCUCCCAGCCAUGCCCCACCUCCCCCAGCCUGCUCCCAUCCUCAAGCUCAAAGUCAUUCCAUUGUGUGCAGGCCGGGGGACCCCCUGUCCCUGCCUCCAUCUUCCGAUCUGCCCCCCACCCCUGUCUUCUUUACUCUGGCGCUGUGUCAGUCUUUGUCUUUGCUGUAAGACUGUCACCAUGAUGCUGUCCUCUGAGCCGACUGUAUUAGGCUGUAUAUAAAUAUUUUGGGGACGAUUGCUGACUGUAGACAGUGUCUUAUGUAAUCCUCAGUCUCUCUAUAUCUCUCCAGUUAAACUCUUGCUGUUCAAUAAAUCCUCUGGCGUUUCCAGUC